AUGGCGAGGCUCUCCAACCCACUCGCUUUCACUCGUUGGCCCGUCACCGUCAUCACCUCUACUGUUUAUCUCGUCAUUAUUAUUGCUCUUCUCAUCGUUCAUACGACUGUCCCUUCUCCUCCAUCAUCGCCUACCCCCAUUCGCGGUAUUAAUCUGACGGAAGCGUGGCUGGAUCUCCAGCUUCUCACUGCGGCCUACCGCCCUUACAAUAGCCGUCGCAACGACCAAGUCCACGACUGGCUCCUCGAACGAAUCAAAUCGAUAGCGAAAGAAAAUGAUGCUUCCCCGUAUAUCUUCGAAGACAAUACCUCCAAUCUGACCUUUUCGGCGGGAGGGAUACUAUCGGGCCCCGGUGUGUCUGCCUAUUUUGAGGGCACCAACCUCGUCGUCUAUGUCCCAGGAACGGAAGAUGAUCAAACAAGAUGGUGGCUUGACCCCAGCGGGAGACCAUCGAGUCGCAAUGCGGUCUUGGUGAAUGCACAUUAUGACAGUGUCUCCACGGGCUUCGGUUCAACAGAUGACGGCGUCGGAGUUGUCUGCGUAUUGCAGUUGCUCAGAUACUUCACGACCCCCAAGAACAAACCAAAGAACGGAGUGGUGCUGCUCUUAAACAACGGCGAAGAAGAUUUUUUGAACGGAGCAAAUGUUUUCAGCCAGCACCCCAUGUCCAUGAUUGUGAGCGCAUUCCUGAAUCUGGAAGGAGCUGGUGCAGGAGGACGAGCCGCUCUGUUUCGAAGCACCGACGACGCAGUCACAAAAGCCUACGCUCGCUCCAAGUACCCAUUUGGCUCGUCCACCUCGGCAGAUGGCUUCAAUCGAGGACUUAUUAGGAGUCAGACGGACUAUGUGGUAUUCAAUGGCAAGCUAGGUUAUCGUGGAUUGGAUGUUGCCUUCAUUGGUCCGCGGUCGAGAUACCAUACUGACCAAGACGAUUCACGACACACCGGGAAAAGUUCCCUCUGGCACAUGCUCUCAGCAGCUGUAGCUACGUCUGAAGCCCUGACUUCAGCCUCGUUGAAGACAAACACAGAUCCAGGGCACAAGCCAGGGAGUCCGUCGCUCUGGUUCGACGUCUUCGGCCAAACAUUUGCCAUCUUAAAAGCGCACACCUUCUUCGCUCUGUCGGUCACCCUACUCGUUGCUGGUCCUAUCAUACUCCUCCUCACUGUUGCCCUACUGUAUCGGGCUGACAAGUUCUAUCUUUGGGCCGGAUCACAGCCCCUUCACCGCUUGAACGGAGAUGAAAAGAUCAAGCUGUACGGCUGGCGGGGCUUUUUUCGUUUCCCGCUCAUCUUGGUUACAGCUUGCGCCGUCCCAAUUGCUCUGGCAUAUCUCGUUUUCAAGGAAAAUCAAUACAUCGCCCAUAGCAGCGAGUGGGCAGUGUGGGCCAUGAUGAUUUCCUCCUUCGUCAUUGUCGCUUGGUUCUUCUGCCGAGCCGCGGACUAUACACGGCCCUCUUCUCUCACUCGUGUAUAUGGGUUCUCGUGGAUGUGGGGAGCAUGGUGGGUGCUCCUUGUCGUUGCAACCGUGUUCGAAGAACACUUCCACCUCGUCGGUCUAUACUUUGUCCUGAUCUACGCGGCUCUCGUGUGGCUGGCUACGUGGUUGUCCUACCUAGAGCUUUUUUCCUUGCCAAGGAAGUCGGUGUAUUGCCAGCGUGUGGUUGGCGAAGAAGAGCCAUCGCCCCCGCAGGCCAGCUCAGCUUCUGGGGACGGAGGCGAUGUGGACCAUCCAGAUCCCAAUGAUGACGAUGAACCAACAGAAAGGUCGAGCCUCUUGAGGAGAGGGUACCGCCAUGGGAGAGAUGAACAGAGUCGUGACGGAAAAGCCAGCGAGGACAAAACUGACACCGUCGAAGAGCCAGAUUGGAGCAAAUCCCAAUGGUCCUGGUUGUGGCUAUUGCAGAUGCUCGUCCUAGUUCCAAUCAAUCUUGUGGUAGUCGGUGAGAUCGCCCUUUUACUGACUGAAGGCCUCCACCAGACGGGACAAGACGGAAGUUCCAUGUUUCUCUUAUACAUUUUGGUCGCCGGCUGCACAAUACUUCUCUUCUCUCCACUUGUGCCUAUCCUACACCGCUUCACCUGGCAGGUACCUCUAUUCCUCCUACUCGUCUUUAUCGGCACCAUGGUCUACAACCUUACCGCAUUCCCCUUCUCCAUGAACAACAGAUUGAAGCUUUUCUUUCAGCAACAGAUCGACCUUGAAGGAGGGAACAACACCGUCUUUCUCACUGGGGUAUCGCCGUACACACGCCAUGCGGUCAACUACAUCCCCAGCUCCGCGGGACAGGAUAUCACCUGUACACCCGCUAGUCCUUCAAUUUCCGGCAACAUGGAAACCUGCUCGUGGUCCGGCAUCCCGCCCAAUGUUGCCAACCCUUCCUCCACCGCUCUUUCUCCCAAGGAACAGUACGACAGCUGGCUCACUUUCAACGUUACCCGUCUAAAUGCUAGUGACAGCGACAACAACGCCCGCUUUGUGCUCUUUGGGAAGAACACUCGCGCGUGUAAACUGGUCUUUGACACAGCGCCGAUCAAGAAAUUCCAUGUCGCUGGGCAGGCGCCGAGGGAUACACGGUUUCCUCCCGUUCCUGAAGGUGGCAGUCAAGAAAUCAGGCUGUGGAGUCGCACAUGGGGAAGAGCUUGGACCGUGGACGUCAAUUGGGACAAUCCCGCCACCAGUCCGGAACAAUCGAGGGACUCUGAAGGUUCCAAGAAUUACAAAAUCUCAACUGCUGAAAACACGAUCUAUGGCCGAGUGGUAUGUCUAUGGAGCGACGCGAAUAAGAACGGUGUAAUACCAGCCUUUGACGAGGCAAUGCAUUAUGUCCCAGAGUGGGUGGCGAUUACCAAGAGAGCAGACGGAUUGGUGGAAGGAUACAAAAGUUUCAAGAUUUGA